GGAGGGAUGUCAGCCUUUUCUGAGGCGGCGCUGGAGAAGAAGCUGUCGGAGUUGAGCAACUCACAGCAGAGCGUGCAGACCUUGUCCCUGUGGCUCAUUCACCACCGUAAACACUCGCGGCCCAUCGUCACCGUGUGGGAGCGGGAGCUGCGGAAAGCCAAACCAAACAGGAAGCUUACUUUUCUCUACCUAGCCAAUGAUGUCAUACAGAACAGCAAGAGGAAGGGACCAGAGUUUACAAAAGAUUUUGCACCAGUUAUAGUGGAGGCUUUUAAGCAUGUUUCAAGUGAAACUGAUGAAAGUUGUAAGAAGCACCUUGGAAGAGUGUUAUCUAUUUGGGAAGAAAGGUCUGUUUAUGAAAAUGACGUGUUGGAACAACUUAAACAAGCUCUGUAUGGUGAUAAGAAGCCUAGGAAGCGAACUUAUGAACAGAUAAAGGUGGAUGAAAAUGAAAACUGUUCCUCUCUGGGAUCUCCAAGUGAACCACCACAGACUCUAGAUCUCGUUAGAGCAUUACAAGAUCUAGAAAAUGCAGCCUCAGGUGAUGCAGCAGUUCAUCAGAGGAUAGCUUCUUUACCUGUUGAAGUCCAAGAAGUAUCUCUAUUAGAUAAAAUAACAGAUAAAGAAUCUGGAGAAAGGCUUUCCAAAAUGGUAGAGGAUGCGUGUAUGUUGCUGGCAGAUUACAAUGGCAGAUUGGCGGCAGAAAUAGAUGAUAGGAAGCAACUCACUCGAAUGUUAGCAGAUUUUCUUCGUUGUCAAAAGGAAGCCCUUGCAGAGAAAGAGCAUAAAUUGGAAGAGUACAAGCGCAAGCUAGCCAGAGUUUCCCUGGUGCGCAAAGAACUCAGGUCCCGGAUCCAGAACCUGCCAGACUUAUCUCGAUUGCCCAACGUCACUGGCAGCCACAUGCACCUGCCCUUUGCGGGAGACAUCUACAGUGAAGAUUGAUGGACCAGCCUCUUCCCAGGUCCCAGGACUUUGCAAGAGAUGGAGACAGGUUAGGUGGAUAGUCCUGUAGUGUUAUUUUUGUAUAUUGUUGAGAAAGAAACACUAACAAAAGGAGCAACGAGUAAUUUAUAAAAUUGUUUAAAAUGUUGGUUUGUUUACUAUUUUAUUGGUAAAUUAACAUGAUUUGAACAAAGUGAUGAUUUGUGUGUAUUAAUAAGCUCACAAAUAGUGAUUAUUUUCAAAAGAUCUUUUUGUAAAUUUUUUUUUUUUUGAUCUGGGGCCUUGUGAGAAAUCCCUUGUUUCUAUUUCUUCAGGUAUUUUCCAUUGUUUUUCUUUAUUUUCUUCAGCAUCUAAUCACUGUAUACUAUGUAAUUCCUAAAGGGGAAGAACUAAUUAGGAGUUGAUUGAGACUUUAUUAUGGUAUAGUUAGGACUUGACUGUAGAAGGGACUAAAUGUUCCAACAUAAUCUUUACCCUUCUCCCCAAACAAAAUAUCUAUUCUGUGUCUCUACAUGCCUUUGAUUCCUUAGAGGUCGGUAAUUUAACAUUCAACAUAGAAGUCACUUUGAGGGGCAGAUGAAAGUCUAGAAAACUGUUCCUUAAUAGCAUUGUAAAAGUUCCAUUCCAACUGCCAGUGUAGAUUUUAAAAAUGUUAAAUAGUGACUCCCUUGAUUAAACUGUUUGUAAUUAUUUGAGUAGAUUAAUAAUGAAAAUACUUUGGAAAUAAUAUAAAUUUUGGCAUUCUACCAAGAGGACAACUUUGGUUCUGGAACUGGUUUCAGUUUGUCAAAUCAGUUCCUUUUAACAUAAUUGAUCCCUUUAACAAAAAGCCAUCUAUGGGAUUAAAAGUCACAUGAAAUAAUGAUACUUUUAUUAUUCCCUUACUCAUAUAACUUUAAAAAAUAGUAUUUUUAGCUCUAAUAGCUCAAGAACACAAUAUUCGUUAAUGUUCAGUAAAGUAGCCUGAGACAUUUUAAAUGUUUCCUUAAGGUUUUUGAAUGACUGUGUAUUUGGCAGUUAAGCAGUGCCACACUACAGGGUAGAUAUGGUAAAUUUUAUAUUUGUAUAUUUACAGUUACCAAAACAAAUGUACUUUUACCUUUUAUUUCUAACCCUGUGUGUUAGAGCAGUUGCAUGCUCUCCUGCUUUUAAAAACACGUUGUUAAGCUGUGGAUUUGUACUUAAUAAUGACUUAGGAUAAACGUUUAUUUUCAUUCAUUGCUUUACAUAGUAGACAUUUUUCUUCUCCUUGUAAGUAGAUUCAAAUUAGGUAGUCAAUAAAACAUCUUGAAAAUCCCACAAGCCAGUUAUGUCUCUCUAGUCUGAAUGGCUUCAUUGUUUCUUUCUCAGUAUUAGAAAUUGUAGUUAAAAUGAAUUACAUAUGAAGAAGGCAGACAUUUAUUUUUAAUAGCCAAGUAGUUCUGCAAAUAGUUCUUUUAACAAUUUGACCUCUCUCCAAAACAGAGACACAUAUAAGUAGUGCCCCUCCAUGCACUACUAAUAAUAUCAUGGCUUAUUCCAAAGUUUUUUAGUCAACUUUUGGGACUUGGGGUGCAUUUUCUCACAGAAAGAAUAGUAGAUUCCCUAACACUACCGCUGAUAGCUCACCUGGGAACUGAAUCCACUUAACCAUGAAUGUCCUUUACUUGUAACGUGGUUCACAGGUUACUAAUCAUAGAUCUUGACCAACAUUUGUAACACCGCUCUAAGUAGAACACAGCAUGCAGCAGCCACACUCACACCCUGCGAUGUCUGCCUGUGCUGUGUACCUCUGUCCCUAGGUGUAGGAAAUUGAAGAAAAAGAUUCAGCCGAGUGGGGAGGUGACAAUUGCACAAUUAUGAAACCUGGUUGUACAUGUUAUGAAAGUAUACUAAGUUUUUAUUAAUGUGAAAGCAAAAACUUGUAUGUUAACUUAUUUUCAAUCUCUUGACCUUAUUUAUGAUCUGCUAAUGUGGUGAUUUAUCCAUUCAAAAUAUAUAUUUUUUUCCAUUUAAAACUAAUUUAUAAACUAUGUACUCCUGGG